AUGAUAUUCUUCUGGCCAAUUCUAGAGAGCAGCUCGCCAGCUUUAAGUGAACGCGCGGUAUCCACCACCAUGGCAGAACGAAAAAGAUUUGCAGUUGCGAGUGACGAUUUAGCAUCAGUGGCAUUGUGCGUCGAUCGGGAGGGGGACGCGUCGAGGCGCGCGGUGCUGUCUCCUCCGGGCGGGGGCGGCCCACAAAUUUCGUCCUCCCGCAGCCCGGAGCCCUGCAAGCGCGCGCCGCGCCUCCUCGGACGGCUGUGGGCCACGCCUCCGCCGCGUAUUCCAGAAGGCCGUGGGGGCUGUGAAAGGAACGACUCGUCGGACAAAUGCCGGCUGGAGAAAAGGAUCCUCGGCGGAAAGUGUUCUCAGACGCUGAGCAGUGAAUCAACGCGGGCGCGGGAGGAGGACCUGCCCGAGUGCAAGCCGUGGGCGGUGUGCAGCAAGGUGGACCUGUACGAGGCGCCGUGGGUGGAGCGACAGUGCCGCUGCCCGGGCCGCCAGGCGUGCUCGGGGCUGCUGUCGGCCGCCGACGGCCACACGCUCACCGAUCGCACGCGCCACCUCAAGAGGCGAAGAGAAGCGAGAGCGACGACGGAGGAGGAGGCAAGGGUCCGUCAAUGGGAACGAGCUUUCUAUGAGAGACGGCAACGUGGAGGGAGCAGUGACCACAGCAGCAGUCAUGUCGGGGAUAGUGACCGAGUGGAGAAUGGGGAGCAGCCGCUUCGACGGGCAGAGUGGAAGCGCCGGAAUGGGGUUCAUGAAGAGCUGCGUCGGGGGGCUGGCAACGGCGGCGGCAGCGGCACUGUCCGGGGUCGCUCGCGCUCGGCUGCCUGCGAGAAGCGUAGGGCCAUCGAGCCCGGAGGAAUGUUUGCUCUGCGGCGGCGAACAGUCCUUCGUCAGAUUCCUCUAAACCCUGCUCGUCGUUCCCAUCCUUCCCAGAGCCACUCCGGAGCAACAACCACUACAGCACUCCCCCACUGGCGUCGCCGCCGCCCCGCCGCCCAGCAGCAGCAGCAUCAGAUGGCAGGAGGAGCUGCUGCGCUGUGCGAGCCGAUCAAGAAGCUGCCCAAGUGCCGCUUCUUCCGGGACGUCACGUGGACGCUCAAGAGCGCGCCCAACAACGCCACCGAGCAGCUGGUCAACUGCCACUGCCCCAAAGGCGCCGUCGCCUACCUCAUCAAGCGCCAGCCGCACUCGCAGGGCGGCGCGCAGGGCUUCAUCUACUCCUUCGCCUGCUCGCCGCAGAGCAGGCUGCGCUGCCAGCGGAAGGAACCGUGCCGCCUGUUCACGGUGCGCAAGCGGCCGGAGCUGCUGGACGAGGUGAACACCAACACGCUGUGCCAGUGCCCGCACGGCCACACGUGCCCGCGCCACCACACGGAGCCCGGCGUCAUCCCGGGCUCCAGCUACGCCGACGAGGAGCCCAUCCGGACGUUCAGCGGCUACUGCCUGUCGCCCGCGCUGCGCGCCGCCGCCGCCGCCGCCUCCCCCUCCACCCCGCCCUCGGGGCCGUCGCACUAGUUCCCAGCCGCCGGGGGGUCGGGCGCCCUCGGAGCUGCUGCAAGCCAGCGAAGGACAAGGAACGCGCGCGUUCGGCGCUCCACGGUCGCCGACUCGCGCGCCUACGGACAUUCCCGAUCAUACGACCUCAGGUAGUGCCAAAGUGUGCCUCUCAAGACAUUUGGUCGACGCGCGGGUGGAGAAGCACGUCGGCGUUCACGUCCAGAACCAAGUUCCAGUCCGCCGGGGCGCGCGAGGCCGAGCAAGAGAGGAAGGCCCCGAGGCCGGGCCGGCGUGCACACGCGCGCUGGGGACACCUCCCCGUUUCCGCAGCGACCCAGCGAUGCCGUUGCUCUCGCGCGCGGGGAGAAGUUUCUCCGGGCGGCGGAGGACGCGCGAGCGCAGCGGAGAAAUCGGGCGGCGGCGGCGGCGACGGAGACGGUGCGGGUUUCCGGCGCGGGCGUUGGAGCGGGAAAGCGCGGCUCGGGCGGCGACACGUGGCGCCGCCACCAUGGUGAUAUGACCCCUCCCCGGCCACCUCCAGGCGCCGCCCCCGUCCCCGUCCCCGUCGCUCCCGGCGGCCCCCAAUGUGGGUCAAGGGAAGUGGGCGUGGCAGAUUCCUGGCGAGUUCGGUCGCGGAGGCGGCGGCGCCGGCGCCGGCGCUACGCAAGCCCCCGCCCCGGGGCAAAGGCGCGCGCAAGAGCGCCAACUGCGGGCGAACCGGUUCAUUGGCGCCGCCGCACCGCCACGGGAGAAACAGCAGUUGCCGGACCUACCAAAUGGUGCUAAUAGUUGCAGUGAACGAUCUGGCGUAAGAACUAUUUGGAUCAUGCUAAAUCAUACACUCACAUAAAUCAUUAACAUUACCUAUACAUUUCAACGGAGGAAAAAGCCUAAAUAUAGCACCAGAAAAUAUAAAUGAAAUUUGAAAAUAUUCCAUUCACUUAUCACAAUAGUACCAACACGAGUUUUCAGGAGCGCUUCCAAAACGUAAUAAAGUAGAUGUGGAAAACUAAAUAUAGAAAAAACAUUCGGUUAUUUAUUUUGCUUAACUUUGAUUUUCACGAAGUACUCUUCUGCCAGGAAUGUCUCUCAAAAUGAAUACAUUACAGCAGCCUUGAACUGACGGCACUGCCUUUCCUCGUGCGCGGCGACACGGACGCAGGCGGAGCAGCCGGCCGCGGACAGCACCGAAAGCAGCGCGUCACCUGGCGGGCCGCGAAAACACGCGCGCCCAAAAUACCCGCGCGGCCCACGCGCUCAAGCACGCGAGCAUUCUUCCUCGCACAUUUUGGCACGCGCUCAACGGUGAAUGGAAGCGGCCGAGACUAGGUCGCCCGCCCAGCAGCCCGUCCGCGCGCAGUCGCUCGAGCUCGCGUGCGAUUCUGGGCUGUCGAACCGACUCCCAGAGCGAGAGGGGUUUCGCAAGUGUUGACAAACACGAAGACGCCUGGGCGGGCUGAAGGGUGUAGUUGGAAAACAAAAUCCCACUCGUGUUGCGUGCACGCCGCGGACGAGAACGAAAAUAUGCAAGAAAAGAUAAACGUAAAUAAUCGUUCGGUGAUAAAUGAAAAGGUGGUGGAAUAAGCACGAAUACACAACUAUGUACUCUGCUUCCAGCUUUUAAACACCUGCGUUUAAAUUAUAUUUGUGACUAUAUCGAACGUCAUGGACCCUUUCAAAGGCGCAAUAAAUCAGUACAAUUGUGAAUAGUCGGCACUAGAUUCCUUUACGAGACAUCUCAAAAUUCAUAUAUUUCUAGUUGAAAACAUGUUUUUGGAUGUUUAUCGUUCUCGUUUCGUGGCGAGUACGCAAGCCAAUUUCUCGCAAACUACGAGGAUGAAGCCAACAUCUUCGUAGAUGGUUGACAGCAUGAGCAGUGUGCGAUCCACUUCGGUGACGGAAGAAAUUUAUUCUUGGUUUACUCUAUUCUAUUAAGAUACCACAAAUAAUAUUAGUCACCAAUAAAUUAAUUUCCUCUCGAAACUAAAACGAAAUUUCUAAUUUCCGAACGUCUCUCCUUCCAACUAUUACUGUCAAAUAAAGGAAACUCACACGUGGAGCUGCGAGAAAUCGAAUGGCAAGGCAGGGAAGCCUCGUGUCGCACACUGCUCCGUUGACCUGGCGGGUGGGGUGGGCGAGUGAACGCGUGGGCGCGGGCCACAGCCGCCGUGGCCCAUGCACGCCCAUCGCCUAUCGUGCUCAGAGACGUUCUAGCAUCUUGCCCUUAUCGUGUACCUGAUUGUUUUUAAGUUCACUUACAAAACUAGAGAGGAAGAAUGGACCAAUAGAUUGUAACUAUAAAUAUAUUUAAUAUACUAUGUUUAAAGUGUACAUUAUGCAAAUAUGUUAUACUUUGUAUAAAAGAAUUUUAAGCGUAAAUGCCGUGAACAUAGCUUAUGAAUAAAAAAUAAAAAAAACACAAAGAACAAAGACAGUCGCAUUCUGAAUGAACAGUGUACGGCGCAAAUCGUGUGCUGCAUCCUUGUCCUUAUGAAUGACAGUCCACUACUCCACGCAUGGCAACAAAUCAUUGAUACUCAGUUUAACAAGAAUAGUCAGUAUUACCAAUGAACACUAAUAAGGUCUUCAGGAUGACGUAAUAACGUACCUGCAAAGUUUCAGAAUAACAUGCAAUGUAAACAGUGUGUUUCGUAAGCUUGUGUGUACAUGUAUAAUUGAUGAUACAAGUGUUUGUUUGCUUUCAAUAACAUCCUUCUGGUAAACGACUAUUUUGAACAACAUCAAGAUCGUAACAAGAUAUUGUCAUGUAAGCACUGAUGAAACACAUAAUUAAAUCUAACUUUGUGCUUCCUUUAGAAUACAUUAGGUGUUGAGAUCGUGAAUGAAUGUCUUCUCCUUUUUACUGCUAAACACCAAUUAAUGGUUAUAUACCUGCGCAAAUAUGACAAUUAAGAAGAUCAUGG